AUGACUAGCGAGGAGAAUAUUCCUCUCGGAGACUGUGUCAGCAAGAACGCUCCCACCAGAGAUGCCAGGCACGAGAACAAGGUUCCCGCCAGUGAUCAGGAGAGCCUUCCAAGAUUGACGGGACCUCUGGCAAUUCGAUCCAACAUCCCCUGUCCACCUCCUGUCGAAGAUCGCCACUCUGCUGAGGUCGCUAAAGGCAGCGCAUGUGAAGCACCCUCCGUCCCUGAAGGCAGCAAGCUCGAUCGCGACAAUGUUGAGCAACAAAUCCAGCUUGGACAGAGCAACCACGAGCGCAGCAACUUCGGUUCACCUGACGAAAACAUCAACAACCAGCAGAACAACGAAGACGAGUACGAUUUUGACUCUGAUGACGACGACGACAUUUCCAUCGACGACGACCCCUUCUUCGGUGACGCAGGCAGUGAAGCGGUCCCAUGCCGACCCACUGAAGAGCAAAUGGAUGCCAUCCAAAAGACCAUGGAAGAGGACGAGAAGGCCGCCAAGCGUGCCUAUGAAGAAAAAAUGAGCCAAGAGGCAAUCAGAAAGGUGCUGACGGAAGAUGUCGAACCACCUGCUCUGAUCAGCAACGACGACAACGACGUUCCUGAUCCAAUUGUGCCUCCUCAUCCUCUGCUCACGGAUCAGAACUACAACGCCACAGAGAUGUUGAUCAGCAUCAGAUCGUCCUUCGCAGGCGAUGUGUUCCACAUCGUCGGUGUGACCGAGCCACUGUUCGAGAUGAAGAGAAAGUUUGUUCAGGCAGUCAAUCUGAGCCCAUCUGAGCUGGGUACACUCGAGUUCUUGUGUGGAUACCAUGUCAUUCAGGACGAUGACACUGUCGAGAAGCUCAUGAUCGGACCCGAAUCGAUCAUCUACUGCCAGAAGAUUGGCGACAUGCGCUAUGAUCUUCCGCCCCUGCCACCAUCAGACUUUACGGAUGCAGAGUAG